AAUUAUAAAAAGAAAAAAAAAAUCAAAGAAACCAAAUUGUGGAUUUUGAUCUAGUGUCUAGUGUUAAAAAUAAUAUUAAAAAUGGCGACACUUUUUGCUGUUUUGUUUGUGCAAAAAGAUGGUUAUGGCAUUCGUUAUGCAUACAAUAAUUAAUAAAAAUAAUAAACAUAUAUAUUUAGGAUAUUUAAAAAAUAUAAUAUAUAUUUAUAAUAACAAGUGUUGUUGAUUAUUUAUUGUUUGUUUGUAUGUAUGUGGAUGAAAGGAAUAUAAUAGAGUAUAAAAAAUAAAUAAUGAACGCAACGAGUUUAUAUGUAUCAACAUGUCGGCUUGUAUUGCAAGCCGAUGCUGAAGAUUCAAAUUCAUGGACAGACUUAUACAGGCUAGUACCAUAUUUAAGGCAAAGUCUAAGCUGCACAGUAUGCUCGAAUCUCUUGAUUGAACCUCACACACCAACAGAGACAAAUUGUCAACAUCAUGUGUGUCGUGGUUGCCGCGGUGGACGUAAAAAAUUAAAACCAUCCUGUGGUUGGUGUAAAGACUAUGAUAAAUAUAUUGAAAAUGUACAAUUACGAAUACUAUUGCAGUGUUAUAAAAAGUUGUGUGAAUAUCUUACGAGUACUAAUAUUUAUCGUAGUCUAAUUAUUACUGUGUCUUCCAAUGCUUCGAGCAAUAGUGCUUCUGUUAUUGGUGCUACGAGUCUUAUGGAACUCAUUCAAGAGGGCACAGGUUUCAAAGAUGAAUUUAAAAGUAAUGCUGGUUUAUCGAAAUCUGCUUACAGUAUUUUACCUUGUGUUUAUACCAGUACAACAUCAACACAAACACAAGCUAAUACUAUGCAACCAACCAUUGAUCCAUUAGCAACAACUGUACCUGAAUCUCCAGCAAUACGAACUGUGUCGAAUGGAUCAUCAAUCUACUCUGUGAUGUAUGCAGGCUCGGGUAAUAAAAUAACGAUAAAACGUAAAGCUGCUACUACUGAGGAUACUGAUCUCAGUCAACAGGACACUGAUAAUACGAGAGGAACUGUAGGAGGGGUAAAAUGCAUUCCAUCUUCACAACUUUCAUAUGGAACUUCUUCUCCAAAAAAGUCGUCAAAGGGCAGCAAAUCGUCGACGAGUUUUAAAAAACCGAGAUCGAGCUCGACAAGGAGCAAGAGAAAAGGAUGUAGAUGUGGAAAUGCAACAGCAAUACCAGGAAAAUUAACGUGUUGUGGUCAAAGAUGCCCUUGUUAUGUUGAAAGUAAACCGUGCAUUGAAUGUAGAUGUCGAGGGUGCAGAAAUCCUCAUACUGCUGAUGGUUUAAAAAGAAGGCCACAUAUACCAGAGCUACACAAUUUACAACUACAGCUUUCAAGUUCGCUUGAUUGCGAUAGUUUAAGUUCAGAUACACUGAGUUCACAUCAAUGCUUAUCAACAUCACCGACAACAAUUCAAGUACUAAAUGUUUAUUCGACACCAAGAUUAGACAUUGAUAAUGUACCGCAAAAUUUACCCGCAGCUUUACUGGUUGGUGAAGAUGCUAUGGUUAGUACAGAAAGCGAAGCUGAUGAUAGUGAUAUUCAAAUAGACGUGUGACAACGUGAAUGAAGGCGCUCAAGUUGAGUGUCAUGUGCAAAUUAAUUUUUAUUAAUUAAUUUCAUUUUUUUUAAUUGAAUUAAAUUCACUAUGAUAAAUUAAAAAUUAUGUAUCACAAUGAAUUAGGAACUUUAUAUUGCGUGAUUUGUAUAAAAUGUAAAACAGGUAGAUGUAGAAGUAAUAAGUGGUUAUAUAGUUUUAUAAUUAAAUUUACCUAGUAGAUUUUUUGUACAUUCAAGUCAAUUGUACAUGUAGUCUUAUUUUAUUUUUUAUUUUGCAAAUAUUCAUUUUUAAAUUAGUAUUUCGAUUUAUCAACUAAUCACUGAUGACCAGGGAAUUUUCUUUUAUUUUUUUAUUUUCAUCAUAGCUUUAUUUUAAAACAGUAUUUUUUUAUUGGGAUAGGCUAAAAAAACAGUAGGUUUGGUAAAAAUAAGUCUUCCAAAAAGGAAAAUUUAUGUAAUGUAAAAUUUAUGUAUAGAAAAAAAAUUUUUUUUCACUUGAAAGCAUUAAAAAAUUUUAUCUUUU